AUGUCUACUGUACUUGUUUCUGGAAGCUCGCGCGGCCUAGGCUUGGAACUGAUCAAGCAAUUUGCAGCUCUAGUGCCUGAGAAUGGGCUAGUUAUAGCCGGGGCCCGCUGGAGGACAGCCGAACUGGAGGAGCUGAUCCGCAGCAACCAGGGCCGCGUGGGAUUCGUGUCCCUUGAUGUCAGUGACGAGUCAAGUAUCAUAGCAUCAGUGCAGGAGGUGAAGUCGCUCCUCGGGGAGCGCCCAUUGGAUAUUCUAAUUAAUUGUGCGGGCGUUCACUCAGACACAGAUGGCAAGGUAGCGAAUAUGGAUGAUUUGAUGCGGCAGUUCUCUGUCAAUGUACUGGGAACCCACCAUACCAUCCGCUCCUUCCUUCCAUUGAUGGCGACCAGCACAGAGAAGAAGAUUGUCACCAUCUCAAGCAUUUAUGGAUCCAUGACCAAUGCGCGUGCCGUGGCGUUUGCGCCUUGCCCGGCAUAUAAGAUCAGCAAGGCUGCGCUGAACGCCUUGACCGUCCAGUAUGCGCUCUCCUAUGAAGAUGAGGGCUUUAUCUUUUUUGCCGUCAACCCGGGCUGGCUUCAAACCGAGAUGGGCGGAGAGGAUGCAGACCUCACCGUUCCUCAAGGAGCAACAGCAGUGGUUAAUAUCAUCCGGGCGGCCGAUAAGAGCACAAAUGGCAAGUUUAAAAAUAUCCAGGUCAAUGGCUGGGAGCACAAGUACAACGGCAGUGACCUGGCCUGGUAA